AUGAAGCUCUCGCUCUACUUAUCCGCUAGUGCGACCCUUCUGCUGGCAACAGCAGCCCCAGAUGAGCCCUCGCUCGCUGAAGCCAUGAGAAGCCUCGAACCAAGUGACGGCAUAACUUGGCUUGCAGAUGACGGAGUGUUGCGUAGUUUCAACGCUGCCCGUGACACUGUCGUUGACUACGCCCAACUCAACGAGCGCCAAAUCGCUGAGUACAUCGAGAGAUACGACAAGAACCGAACGGGCAUGUCAGGCGUGUAA